AAACCUUUACAAAAGAAAAAUGGAGCAUAUGGGAACUAGAGUGAUAGAGCCAUUGAGAGUGGGAGGAGUGGUCGGAGAUGUUCUUGAUAAUUUCACUCCAACAAUUAGAAUGAACGUGAGUUACAACAAGAAGCAAGUCUCCAACGGCCAUGAGCUUUUCCCUUCAGCUGUCUCCUCCAAGCCUAGGGUUGAGAUCCAUGAUGGUGAUCUCAGAUCUUUCUUCACCCUGGUGAUGACAGACCCUGAUGUUCCAAAUCCUAGUGACCCCUUUCUAAAAGAACACCUGCAUUGGCUCGUCAUGAACAUCCCCGGCACAACAGAUGCUACAUUUGGAAAAGAGGUAGUGAGCUAUGAGUUGCCAAAGCCGAACAUAGGGAUACACAGGUACGUGUUUGUUCUAUUCAGGCAGAAGCAAAGACGUGUUAUGUUGCCAAGCAAUAUUCUUUCAAGGGAUCAGUUCAACACUCGCGAAUUUGCGAUCGAGAAUGAUCUUGGUCUCCCUGUCGCGGCUGUCUUCUUCAACGCCCAGAGAGAAACCGCAUCUCGCAGACGUUAAUUACGUCUAUAUCCAUCAAAUGCAUAAAAAUUAAUAGCAUGUUUAUCUCUGUUCUCCAUGUUUAUUUCUGUU